AUGAAGCUAAAACCAAACCAGACGAGGACAUACGACGGCGAAGGGUUCAAGAAGCGAGCUGCGUGUCUGUGCUUCAAAAACGAUCGAGAGGAAGAGGUGUUACUGGUGAGUAGCAGUCGGCAUCCGGACCAGUGGAUCGUUCCUGGAGGAGGGAUGGAGCCGGAGGAAGAGCCCUGUGGAGCCGCAGUCAGAGAAGUGUUCGAGGAGGCAGGAGUAAGGGGGAAACUGGGGCGUCUGCUCGGUGUAUUUGAGCAAAACCAGGACCGUAAACACCGGACAUAUGUGUACGUGUUGACGGUUACAGAGACACUUGAAGCCUGGGAGGACAGUGUCAACAUAGGCCGCAAGCGGGAGUGGUUCACUGUGGAUGAGGCCAUCAAAGUGCUGCAGAACCACAAACCGGUGCACGCUGAGUAUCUCCGCAGGCUUCAGCUCAACUGCUCCUCCACCAACGGGAACUCCAUACUGCCCAGUCCCCAGGCCAACGACAACUACCCCCACUUCAGCGCCACCACCACCUCCUCCACUGGGGGGGUCCUGGCCUCUUCCCACAGAUAG